GCGAACUUGACGCCACAUUAAUAGCGCCGUACAGCGAUUGUUGACAGAUCAUUUCGGAGUUGAGUGAGAAUUAUUUCAUCCAGCUGAUUGUUCGCUUUCCACGGUAAUCCCCGGAAGAUGUCCGCUUUUAGCACCGUUAACGUCUGAAGGCAGCCGCGGCGGCUACCGGCGGGGAGGCGGUUUGUUCCAGGAGCGCUCGAAAACCGGCAGGUUAAAUGCUUCUUGAGGACCCAAAUCGGGCAGAUUGCGUCAUUCAUGGCUCAUCUGUCUAGCUUGUAAUCUCCAUGCUAACCAAGAGCCUAGUGCACCCUGAGGCGAGGGCCGCCAUGCUGUGUUGGGGGAACGCCUCCUACGGACAGCUCGGCCUGGGCGGCAUCGACGAAGAGAUCGUGGUGGUGCCGCGGAGAUGCGACUUCUUCCACGGGAAGCGGGUGAGCGACGUGGGCUGUGGCCGCCGGCACACGGCCUUCCUGCUGGACGACGGCACCGUUUACACCUGCGGCUGCAACGACCUGGGCCAGCUGGGACACGACAAGUCCAGGAAGAAACCAGAGCAGGUAGCGGCGCUGGACGCGCAGAUCAUCGUGGCUCUGUCCUGCGGGGAGUCGCACACCCUGGCCCUGAACGACAAGGGGCAGGUCUUCUCCUGGGGGCUCGGUUCAGACGGACAGCUGGGUCUGAAUAACUUUGAGGAAUGCGUCCGAGUCCCACGAAACAUCAAGAGUUUGUCUGACGUCCAAAUUGCCCAGGUGGCUUGUGGGUACUGGCACUCCCUGGCUCUGGCUAGAGGGGGCCAGAUCUUCUCCUGGGGCCAGAACCGAUACGGCCAGCUGGGGCUGGGACUAACGGGACAGAGCAUUUCCACGCCUCAGCUGGUCCAGUCCCUGCAGGGCAUCCCGUUCGCCCAGCUGUCAGCAGGGGGCGCUCACUCCUUCGCCCUGACGCUGUCCGGAGCCGUGUUCGGCUGGGGCUGCAACAAGUUCGGCCAGCUGGGCGUCAACGACACCAACGAUCGCUGUUUCCCGACCCUCCUAAAGUCGCUGAGGUCCCAGAGUGUGAUCUACGUCUCCUGUGGAGAAGAUCACACCGCUGUACUCACAAAGGAAGGCGGCGUGUUCACCUUCGGAGCCGGAGGCUACGGCCAGCUGGGCCACAACUCCACCAACCAUGAAAUCAACCCCAGGAAGGUGUUUGAGCUGAUGGGCAACGUGGUCACUCAGAUCGCCUGUGGAAGGCAGCACACGCUGGCGUUCACCCCCGCCUGUGGAAAGAUGGACUCCUUUGGGCUGGGAGGCAACGGGCAGCUGGGCACGCGCUCCACCUGCAACAGGAAGAGCCCCGCUCCGGUCAAAGGGCCGUGGGCCAACGCCGCUUCCUCAGAGGAGAACGACGGUGAGCAGAGCUGCUUUGUCAAAAGGAUUUAUGCCGGAGGAGAUCAGAGCUUUGCUCAUUACUGCACCACUAAUGACGCUCAGGACACCGGCAGUCUGAGAAUCCAGGAUCCCCAGAGGAAGAUCUGCACCCUGAGCGAAGACGUUGUGCAGAAAUGGCUGAACCACUCAGCAGGACGACUGCCGGCAGAAAUCUCCAAUGAGAUCGACCUGGUGUUCUCCUCCGCCAGCUGCCUCAACGGCUCCUUCCUGUCCACCAGUCAUCCAGGUCACUUCAGCACCAGCAGCAAAUGUUCUGGGCUGGACAUGAACGCGGCUCGCCUGCUGCUCCACAGACUGAUCCAGCAGGACCAGCCAAAGAUUUCCCAGCAGGUCGCUGCCAGCCUGGAGAAGGAGCUGAUUCCCCGGCUGACCAGCUCUCCUCCAGACAUCGAGGCUCUGAGGCUCUACCUGACUCUGCCAGAAUGUCCCCUCUUCAGCGACCGCAGCAAUUACAUCACCAUCACCAUCCCGUUUGCCAAAUGCAUCAUCAGCCUGAAGGAGGCGCCCCUGAAGGUGUUGGGAAACUGGUGGUCCACGCUUGAGCCGCUGUUCUUCCAGCGGCUGGUGGACCUCUACAAGGACGUGGUGCUUUAUCUGCUCCAGAUGCACAAGAUGGGCAUCCCUCUGGCCGAGCAGCGCAUCUUCACCUGCUUCGUGGACACCUCGCUCCGGUUCCUGGAGAUCCUGCACAAGGUGAACGAGAAAGCAGGGAGCAUCAUUCAGUACGACAAGUUCUACAUCCACGAGCUGGACGAGCUGGUGGACAUCAGGAACGACUACGUCACCUGGAUUCAGAGGCAGAUGUACCCCAUGGGACGUGACGGACUGGUGACUUUCUGCAAGUAUCCCUUCGUCUUCGAUGCUCAGGCCAAAACGGCGCUGCUUCAGACGGACGCCGUCAUCCAGAUGCAGAUGGCCGUGGAUCAGGCGCAGCUGCAGAACUUCAGCUCCAUGUUCAUGCCGGCCGUGGAGUCGGUGAACCCUUGUCUGAUCCUCAUCGUCCGGAGGGAGAACAUCGUCGGAGACACCAUGGAGGUCCUGAGGAAAUCCAAGAACGUCGACUACAAGAAACCGCUCAAGGUGAUCUUUGUGGGAGAAGAUGCGGUGGAUGCUGGAGGCGUCAGGAAGGAGUUCUUCCUGCUGAUCAUGAAGGAGCUGCUGGAUCCCAAGUAUGGGAUGUUUCGCUACUACGAGGAGUCCAGGCUCAUCUGGUUCUCACACAAGACCUUUGAGGACUUUGACCUGUUCAACCUGAUCGGGGUCAUCUGCGGUCUGGCCAUCUACAACUUCACCAUCGUGGAGCUCAACUUCCCUCUGGCGCUCUACAAAAAGCUUCUGAAGAGCAAACCCACGCUGGAGGACCUGAAGGAGCUGAUGCCCGACGUGGGGAGGAGCCUGCAGGAGCUGCUGGACUACGCAGAAGACGACGUGGAGGACAUCUUCUGCUUGAAUUUCACUAUCACAGAGGAUAACUACGGCGCCACAGAGGUCCUGGAGCUGGUACCGAACGGGGCGAACAUCAACGUCAACAAGUCAAACCGGCAGGAGUUUGUCGACGCCUACGUCGACUACGUGUUCAACGCCGCCGUGCGGCCUCUGUUCGAGGGUUUCUACGCAGGCUUCCACAAAGUGUGCGGUGGAAAGGUGCUGGAGCUGUUCCAGCCCAGCGAGCUGCAGGCCAUGAUCAUCGGCAACACCAACUAUGACUGGACCGAGCUGGAGAAGAGCACUGAAUACAAAGGGGAGUACUGGGCCGAGCAUCCCACCAUAAAGCUCUUCUGGGAGGUCUUCCACCAGCUUCCCUUGGACAAGAAAAAGCAGUUUCUCUUGUUCCUCACAGGAAGCGACCGCAUCCCCAUCCUGGGCAUGAAAAGCCUGAAGCUGGUGAUCCAGCCCACCGGGGGAGGGGAGCACUACCUGCCUGUGGCCCACACCUGCUUCAACCUGCUGGACCUGCCCAAGUACAGCAGCUCAGAGACGCUGAGGGAGAAGCUCCUACACGCCAUAGAUCACAAUCAGGGCUUCAACCUGGCCUGAUGCAGGGACACCGCCGGUGGCCAACACAUUCCCUACCCUCUGCUGCAGGCAGGAGUCCGGGCUUUCCUGAACUCGCUUCAUGCCGUCAGUGUUUCAGCCCGGCUACGACGACCCGGGUCUGUAGGUUCGCUCUGAUUCAGGUCUGGAGUGUGAAGAGGCAGAAAAACGGCAACAGAAGCCGUGAGAAGCAACGAGGCUAAAACACUGAAUGUCAUGAUCAGAUUUUUUUUAUAGGCUGCGCCUCAGCAGGACAAAGAGGACCCAGAUGUGUGGAGAGGCGCUCUGAUCCCAGGGUUUGUGUUCAUCUGUGAAUCUAGACGACGUUGACAUGCUGACGGCUGACAAACGAUUGAAUGCAGACUUUAUUUUAUGGGCUGUAAGCCUUAAGCAAUCAGUAAAUGUAAAAUAAAGUACAGCCACAGAAAUAAAAACGUACUUCUCUGGGGUGCUGUGUGGUAAGACCAGUGUUUAA